AUGCGUUUCACCGCCGACAGCUCUUCCCUUGCGGUCUACGCCCUCACGCUCCUUUCCCUCCCCGCAGUCCUCGCUCUUCCCCCUCACGGCAUUGCGACGCGUACACGGCACGGCCAGACUUCCCGCGACAUUCUUGACCUCGAUACGUCCUUGUCUCUGGAUACUCUCGGCGUCGAUGUCGCGCUGCCUGAUGUGGAUGUUGUCGCGCGCCGCCACCUUGUUGACACUGAUACCUCAUUGUCUCUUGACACCCUCGGCAUCGACGUCUCGAUACCUCCCUCAAAUGCUAUCGCCCUUCGCCAAUAUCACGCGCGCCGUGGUCUCUCAGAUACUUGCGCAUAUGUCGACCUCAGCGUCCUCAGUCUCGGCAUCCUUCCCGUGGACCUCAAUCUCGACCUAUGCUUGUGCAUCGGCUUGCUCCCGUCGUUGGUCACCCUCGACGCGACGUUGGAGGCACUCGUCGACCUUUUCGGUCUUGAUGAGAUCAUCGCGAAACUUACCGUCGUGAUCAAUGGCUGUCCCAAUGCUCAGCAGUGCCACUACCCGGACCAUUCUCAGGCCAUCUGUACAGAAGGCAAUCCUUGUGGAUUCCAGUGCGAAGCGCCUUACGUCGUAGAGGGCGACGAAUGUGUCUGCCCUGCGCCGCUGACGUCCUGCAACGGAGUCUGCGGUUCGUUCCCGCACGGUUGCGGGUCGGCUGUUCCUCGCGCUCUCAAUGCUAGAUCUGACUCCCGCAUGCAAAAACGUGUCGUCAACGCUGACAAGGUUCUUACUCUGGCCAAGGCGCAGCUGACAUGCAAGCAAAACGAAACGGUCUGCGGUGUGUACGGCGGUUCUUCCAGGGCAUUUGAGUGCCUGGACGUGAACACUCAUGUCGAGAGUUGCGGCGGGUGCGCUGUGCCUCCCCCCUUCCUUCCUUACGACGCUUCCACGGGAAGCGACUGUACUGCGAUCGCCGGUGCCGAAAGCGUCUCGUGCGUCGCCGGACAAUGUGCGGUUAUUAACUGCAGGGAGGGUUGGGAGCCCAGCAUGGCUGGCGAGGAGUGUAUCAAGAUUCCGAGGGGGCGUGCCAGUCCCUUGCCUCAGGCUACGGGUGUAAUCGCUGAGGUCCUCCGCCCGCAAGGCUACAUAUCGGUCAUGGACACGCUGCGUGCUGCGUUGGAUCUCGGCCGUCUGGCUGGCGCUGCCUGGGACUUCGUCUUCGUCCGUAUUCCGUAG